AUGUCGAGUCUGGCUGACUUGCUCUCGAAGUCUACCAGAGGUGCGUCCUUGCUUGUUGCUGGACAACUUGUUACUAAACUUUUCACCUUUUUGCUCAACCAGGUGCUAAUUCGGUAUAUCUCACCAAAAGUAUUUGGCGUGUCUUCAUAUCUUGAAGUCUUAUUGUCGACUGCACUAUUUUUUAGCAGGGAAGGUGUAAGACUAUCAAUCCAAAGGACAGAAAAGGCAGAAGAACUCGAUGAGGACGAUAAGAUAGAAGAAAAGAAAGGAAAUAGUGGAACCUCACUGAAAUAUGUAGAUCAUACCAUAGAGGGUACUCAUCAGAGCAUAUUGAAUUUUGGAUAUGUUGCAAUAAUAGUGGGAGUUCCAAUUUCGUUGAUUCUUUCAUAUUGGCAGUCCAAUUCUCAGAUAUUGACUGAACAAAUAACAUUUUUAGCUUAUAAUAAGCAAUCUCUUGUACUUGUAUGGCUACUGUUGGUAUUGGAAUUGCUUGUGGAGCCAUUGUAUGUAUUGAACCAGUUUCAAUUGGAUUUUGGUAAGCGUACAAAAUUCGAAAGCUCAGCAACUCUUGCUAGGUGCAUUUCUACUUUUGCAGUUGUUUUAUUGGGAGAGCGCUUUGUGAAAGGUAAAGACACGGCUAUGAGGGAUGGGGUGGCAGUUUUAGCAUUUUCAAUUGGGCAGUUCUGCUAUUCUUGUACCAUUUUCAUCUUGUAUCAGCUUGAUUUUAGGAAGCUAAAUAAAGGUGAAAAGUUGUCCUUAAAGAUCCAAAAAAUCUUUAAGUCCGCAAAUAGUGAUAGUUUUUAUUACUUCAACCCCAAGAUCUUUUUGAUCUGGAAAAAUAUAUUCAUUCAAAUGGUCUUUAAGCAAUUUCUUACUGAAGGGGAUAGGUUAUUGAUUAACUACGUUUGUACGGUUGAAGAGCAAGGUGUCUAUUCUGUCAUUACAAAUUAUGGCUCGUUAAUUGCUAGAUUAUUGUUUCAGCCAAUUGAAGAAUCGCUCAGGUUGUAUUUGACCAAACUCUUAUCAAAUCCGAAAAGUGAGAAUGUUGCAAUUUCAAAACAAAUCAUGCUGUAUUUGAGCAAAUUUUAUCUCUAUUUGUCAAUAUUGAUAUCAAUUGGAGGAUAUACCAAUGGAUCAUUUUUGCUUAAGAUGCUUCUAGGAAAAGGUGCAAGCUACAAUUGGUUACAUACUGACCUAUUCGCUGUCUUUCCGCAGUAUAUACUUUACAUUCCGUUUCUAGCAUUCAAUGGUAUCUUGGAAUCAUUCUUCAAUAGUGUUGCUACUAAAGAAAACAUUGCAAAUCAUUCCGUUUUCAUGUCAAUUCUGACUGUCAUCUUUUUGUCCGCCCUGUACUUCUUCAUAGAAUACUUGAAGCUAGGGUUGUCCGGGCUAAUUCUUGCGAAUACUGUUAAUAUGACAAUUAGAAUAAUCUAUUGUGCGUAUUUCAUACAACAAUACUACAAGAAAUUGGAUCAACAAUUUGAUAUAAAGUCAGUUACGAAGCUGAUAUUACUACCACUUGGUGUUGGAGUAGUUACAGAGCAUUUACAAUAUUAUAUUUUGCAUCAGAAAUUAAUGACAUUAGCAUUGUCAGAUUUCUUUAAGAGUUUAGCAUUAUGCUUGACGUUCCUAAUGUUUGCAUUAUUUUUAGAAAGGCACUUGAUUUUAUCUGCCAUUUCAUCAUUUUUGAAAAAGAACAAAACAGAUUAG